UGAUGAUGUUCGGCCAAAAUUAUCUCUCUCUCAGGUUGACGGUCUUUUUUUCCUUCAACAAUUAUUGGGUGAAUUUCCUCGAUAUUGAUUGAAGAAAAUGUUUUCUUUUCAUCACCAAUCAUUCCAAGUGACAGUUAACCAUUGAUUGUUAAUUGUUCUCCAUUUUUUCACAUAUUAUAUUGUUCCAUCAUCACCAUCACCAUCAUUAAAAAAUUAACAACAAAGUAAUCAGGUUGAUGCAACAAUCAACAUCUCCUUUCAUCAUCUGCUCCUGUUAAUAAACGUAACAAGUAUCCAAAUCGGUUCACCAUUUUUUUUUAAAUUCUUGUUAACCUUUCCUAUUAAGGCCUAUCAAUCCACGUAUUGAAUUAUUGUUAUUAACUGAUUGUAAUCCAAUAAUCAUCAAGAAAUUAGUAACUUAAAUUCCCUUACAAUUAAGGGAAAUAGGUUGACACACAUCAAUGUCAACCGAAUCUUCAUCCGUUGACUCUCCUGUUGGAGGAGAUAAUCUGAUUACCUCUGAGACCAGAAUUGAGGUUAGUUCUGAGGUUUCAACACCUUCGUCAUCUACAACUCUUCAGGCUAAUUCAGAGAGAGAAAUAAAACAAUGUUGGGUUUGUUUACAGACCGAAGAUGAAAAGGGCGCUGAUACUGAUUGGGUUCGUCCUUGCCGGUGUCGAGGUUCAUCCAAAUAUGUUCAUCAAUCGUGUAUUCAAAUGUGGAUCGAUGAGAAAAAGAAGUUCAAUUCAAGUGCUAAAGUGGUUUGUCCUCAGUGUCAAACCGAAUAUAUUCUCAUAUUUCCUCCUUUCGGUGGAUUCGUUUUAAUCUUGGAGCGUUAUGAUGGAUUCUUGUUACAAGCCGCUCCAUAUGCUUUCGGUACAAUGUUACUUGGGUCCGUUUAUUGGGUGGCCUUAUCUUAUGGUGCGAUUACCGUUCUCCAGGUAAUGGGACUACAAGAUGGUAAAACUACCUUGGAACAAGCCGAUCCAUUUACUUUAUUAGCAUUUCUACCAAGUAUACCUUUGUUUCUGGUUCUUGGUCGAUUCAUUAGUUGGCAAGAUCAAGUGCUCAAAGUUUGGCGUCGACAUCAUCGUCACAUUCCGUUUAUCUCGAGAAUUUUGGGAUCACCGCCUCCUGGAACUGCUGAAAGAGCCGAAAGAAUUUUAAAUCAUCGCGAUCUUUUCUCUCACCCUCUCUAUUGGUAUCGACAAGUGAGCGGAGCUUUACUCUUGCCCACAGUUUCGUCGUUCAUUGGGAAAUAUUUAUUCCCCGGUAUAACCUCUAAUCUACAACGAACUAUGAUGGGAGGUUUCACCUUCAUUGUCGCCAAAGGAUUGCUCAAGAUUUAUUUACGACAACAACGGUACAUCCAACAAUCAAAUCGAUCAAUCCUUGAUUAUUUUGAAGGUUCACCUUCGUCAACAUCUUCUACUGGUAUUAAUCACAAUUCAACACAGACUGAAGUCAAUGAUGACCACAAUUUGUAUUGAAAAUAUAUUCUUCAUUAAAUUUUGUAAAUUUCCUGCAAUUAAAAUGAGAAUCAUUUUCUCUGCAUUGUAAAA